AUGGCGGUAAAUCGCAUUCGCGGCGCCUUUGCCGUGCCUCGUAAGGGCGAGACCUUUGAGCUGCGCGCCGGUCUGGUUUCUCAGUAUGCGUACGAGCGCAAGGAGUCGAUCCAGAAGACCAUCAUGGCCAUGACGCUGGGCAAGGAUGUGUCAGCUCUGUUCCCCGACGUCCUCAAGAACAUUGCCACGGCCGACCUCGACCAAAAGAAGCUGGUUUAUCUCUAUCUGAUGAACUACGCCAAGUCUCACCCCGAUCUUUGUAUCCUCGCCGUCAACACCUUCGUUCAAGACUCAGAAGACCCAAACCCGCUGAUAAGAGCUCUGGCGAUCCGAACUAUGGGCUGUAUUAGGGUGGACAAGAUGGUCGAUUACAUGGAGGAACCCCUGAGGAAGACAUUACGAGACGAGUCGCCAUACGUUCGAAAGACCGCUGCCAUCUGCGUCGCCAAGCUGUUCGAUCUUAACCCCGCCAUGUGCAUAGAGAACGGCUUCCUCGAAAUGCUGCAGGAGCUGAUUGGCGAUCCCAACCCCAUGGUCGUCGCAAACUCGGUCCAGGCCCUUUCCGAGAUCACUGAGACGGCACCGGAAACGAGGGCCCUCAUCAUCACCCCCAUGACACUGAAGAAGUUGCUCAUGGCCCUCAACGAGUGUACUGAGUGGGGUCGAGUUACUAUUCUGACGACUCUGGCCAACUACCAGACCCAGGACUUGAAGGAGUCGGAGCACAUCUGCGAGCGAGUGGCGCCCCAGUUCCAGCACGUCAACCCCAGUGUAGUCCUUGCCGCCGUCAAGGUUGUCUUCAUCCAUAUGAAGUCUGUCAAGCCCGACUUGGUGAGGUCGUAUCUCAAGAAGAUGGCUCCUCCUCUAGUUACUCUGGUAGCAUCGCAACCCGAGGUCCAAUACGUCGCCCUUCGUAACAUUGAUCUCCUCCUCCAAGCCAAGCCCGAUAUCCUUAGCAAGGAGAUGCGAGUCUUCUUCUGCAAAUACACCGACCCUCCAUAUGUGAAGCUCCAAAAGCUUGAGAUUAUGGUGAGAAUAGCAAACGAGAACAACUACGAGCAGCUCCUCGCCGAGUUGAAGGAAUACGCCCUGGAGGUGGACAUGGAUUUCGUCAAAAGGGCUGUCAAGGCCAUUGGUCAGGUGGCCAUCAAGAUUGAGAGCGCCAGCGAGAAGUGCGUCCGAGCGCUUGAAGACCUGAUCUCGACCAAGGUCAACUAUGUUGUCCAAGAAGUCGUUGUCGUCAUCAAGGAUAUUCUGCGGAAAUACCCAGGGUACGAGGGAGUGAUCCCUACUCUCUGCCAGUACAUUGACGAGCUAGACGAGCCCACCGCUCGUGGGUCGCUCAUCUGGAUUGUUGGAGAGUAUGCCGAGAAGAUUGAUAACGCGGAUGAGAUUUUGGAGAGCUUCGUGGAGAGCUUCAUGGAGGAGUUUACUCAGACCCAACUGCAAAUAUUGACGGCAGUGGUGAAGCUGUUCCUGAAGAAGCCAGGAAGCAGCCAAGGCCUUGUACAGAAGGUGCUCCAAGCAGCGACGUCGGAGAACGACAACCCAGAUAUCCGCGACCGAGCGUAUGUUUACUGGCGUCUGCUGUCUACGGACCCAGAGGUUGCCAAGAGCAUUGUGCUGUCUGAGAAGCCCACCAUCUCCACCACCAUGACUAGCCUACCCCCUGUACUGCUUGAGCAGCUCCUUACCGAGCUCUCGACUCUUGCCUCAGUCUACCACAAGCCCCCGGAGUCGUUCGUCGGCAAGGGACGCUUCGGCACCGACGAGAUCCAGCGCGCUGCCAUCCAGGAGCAAAGGCAGAACGCCGAGGAGAACCCCAUCGCUGCAUCUGUUGCCGCCAUCAACGGAUCUGGCAAUGCAUCGCAGAACAACAUCGAGAACCUCCUCGACAUCGACUUUGACGGCGCUGCACCCGCGUCCCAGGAGCAGAACAGCGCCUCCGCGACGCCUGACCGUGUGGCUAGCCCCGCGGCUGGUGCUGCUUCUGGUGGCAUGGCCGACAUGAUGAGCAUGUUUGACGCGCCAGUAACACCGGCGGCUGGAGCUCCGGCCACGGCUCCUGCCGGCGGUAUGAACGACUUGAUGAACGGAUUCGAUGGCAUGAACUUUGGAGGUUCGUCGAGCCAGCCGCUGCCGGCGGCGAUGCAGCUCCAGCAGACGCAGGGCGGAGCGCCGGCGCAGCAACCGAAGAAGGAUAGCGAGGAUUUGCUGGGCUUGUUCUAG